AUGAAUGCAUCUUCAAAACCAUUCAUUAUUAGACACAUUCAAGAGAACUAUUUGGUGUCAUCCGAUUCUUCUUCUUUCGAUGCGAUUGUGGAGAAAAGAAUAUAAUUUGUACAAGGGGCAAACACCUUCAUAGCAGUAAUUAUUAAUUUGAAAAUAAUAGGUGAUGUUGAGUUAUGAUAGUCUGUAACAUGGAUUCCAAUUUUUCCAAUAUUAUGAUAAGUGUCUGUCCUAUGCGUAUAUGAUUGGAGCUUUGUUGAUAGGGAAUAUAUUUUGGAUUUUGUGUUCAAUUUUUGGGUUUUAUUCAAUCGAUGCCAAGAAUUCCCAGAAAAUUCAUAGGUAUCAACCAUAUAAGACUAGGGGUAUUAUUUGGCAUUAUUGUGGGUUUUGUUUACAAGGAUUCUUGUCUAUGGAUAUAUGGCAUAUCAAAUGAAUUAGUUUAAUAUCUACCCCCAAUCUGAACAAGCUAUAAGUGACAUUGUCUGUGA